GGUCAGACUCAUCAUCUCUGCAUCGCAACCACCGUGCGACUCGCCAUCGUGUUUGCUAAUCCUUCAUCUUAUUGCCUAAAUGAUCCCAUAGUUCUAUCAUUUCCCCAUUGUUCUCUCUUCCAUCAUCUUCCUUCCUUGUUUCAUGUCCAUGGUCCAUAGUACCCACAGGGCUACUCACCUAUGCAACUUGCAGACUGUCGACAAGAAUACGAUAGUUUGGCUCCUACUACCUCAGAUUGAGAUCUCCAAUCCCCCAUGCGAGAGAGUGUCCACCCAAUUCGAGAGGAAAAAGCCAUUUUGGAUAAGACCAAGGUUCCAUCUCCCGCUCCCGCCACAUCCCAACACCAGAAGCGGAGGAAGUCUCGCCUGCAACCACGCGCGCCCAGAUGUGUAGCCCCGAGUCCGAGCUCGCCCUCCUAGACUCCAUCCGCCGCCAUCUACCCGGCGACCCCGAACCUGGCCCCUACCACUCCUGCUACCCCACGCCGGCCUGCCACCGGAGCUGCAGCUUUGGACGCCUCGUCGCCGACCAGUGGUCCGACGGCCUCCCCUUCCGCCUCGACGACCCCGACGAUAUGGUCGUCUACGACGCCCUCGCCGACGCCUUCCGCCACGGAUGGACGCCCUCUUCGGCCGUACCCGUCGCUGUUGGCGAGACCCUGGCGGUGAGUGCGGCGCCGGCUCCGGGGAGGCAGUACCGGGGGGUGCGGCGGCGGCCGUGGGGAAAGUUCGCGGCGGAGAUACGGGACCCGGCCAGGAACGGGGCCAGGGUGUGGCUGGGGACGUUCGGCUCCGCGGAGGACGCGGCCCUCGCCUACGACCGCGCAGCCUUCAGGAUGCGCGGCUCCCGCGCGCUGCUCAACUACCCACUGCGGAUCGGGUCGGCGGAGGCCGCGCCGGACUCUAUCACUCCUCCUCUCCUGAUAACUCUCCCUCAGAAAAGGCCUCGUCCAAGAGGAGGAAGAAAGGGGCGGCGGCGGCCAUCAUAACGUCGCCUUCUCCAGCUUCGUCCCUCGGUUCGGUUCCGGUAUCAGUUAAGACACGUCGGCCAUCUCUUGGUGAGCUAAGAAGAUGGCAAUAGUGGAAGGAUGUGUGGAUGAAGCCUCAUGGAAAUGUGUUCUUUGCGAAGUAGAAUAAACGCGAAUGCCAUGAGUCGAUGGCUGUGUUUGAUUUGCUGUUCAUUGUUCUUUCUUUCUCUUUUUCCGUGCAAAAACAUUAUAGCAAAUCAACCAUCUUUGUUCAUCGAUUUUAGAUUUUUAGUGUCAUCAUGUUUGAUCUUAAUACCAGUAAAUAGCAUUGUGAUCU